CACUUGCAAAGCUUGGAUGGAACGUACGUACUGCUAACACUGCAAAAUUUGGUAACAGACACGCCGUUCACUCUGAGUCUAUCGCUCCACAGAGUAAGUUUUGCAUCAUCGCUCAUGUUUCAAGAACCUCUUCCACCUUCAUUGUGGUCAGCUUGAAAACUCGAGAUGGCCUGACGGCGCCGUAGAAAGCUUGAAGCUAGCGUUGACACGUGGUUUUUGUUGCAGACUUAGAAACACAACAAUGUCUUACAACGAAGAGUACGGAGGCGAACGCCGCCACCACGAGCGCCGUGGCGAGUAUGAAGACGAAGGUCGCCGCCAGGAAGGUGAGUACGGCCGCCACCACGAGCGACGUGGCGAGUACGAAGAUGAAGGUCGCCGCCAAGAGGGCGGAUACGGCCGCCAGGAAGGAGGCUACGGCGGUCAGGAAGGAGGCUACGGUCGUCAGGAAGGAGGCUAUGGCCGUCAAGAGGGUGGAUAUGGCGGUAGCGGCAACUAUGGACCUGGACGCCCCUCCAACGACCCCGAGUACGGCGGUGGGGGAUCCGCUGGUGACAAUUACUACGACCAGUCGAAGCGAUACGAUGAUGAGCCAUCAGGUGGUCGCCGUCCCGAGGGCGGGCAGCAGUACGGCGGGCAGCAAUACGGCGGACAGCACUCGUCUGGCACGCCUUACGGCGGUGGUGGCUACGGGGGAGGCGAGCUCGACUCGUCCGCAGCGCUGGCCGCGGCGAACGAGCACGCGGGCAACAGCCGCGAAAACAACCUGUUCGCGAACGUGUUCGACAACGUGGUCGGUAGGAAGUCGCACCUGCAGAACCAGGACAUCGACGAGCAGGGCGCCGUGCAGGCCCACCAGCAGAUGUACGGCGGGCAAGGCGGCGGCCCGGCAAGCAACAGCAGCAUGGGCGCCGCGGCAGCCAUGCAGGCGCUGAAGAUGUUCACCGGCGGGCAGGGCGGCGCUUCCGGCGGGCAGGGCGGCCAGAGUCAGUUCGUGGGCAUGGCCAUGGCGCAGGCCGCGAAGCUGUUUGACCAGCAGUCGGCCAACGGCAACACGCAUGCGGACGCCAGCAAGGAAGGCGCCAUACAAAACGCGGCCGAGAUGGCGCUCAAGAUGUACAUGAAGUCGCAGAUGGGCGGCGGCGGAGGAAGCUCAGGAGCAGGCGGCCUCUUGAGCAUGGCCUCCAAGUUUUUGAGCUAGAAGAAAUAACGAGGCCGCUGCUUUCUGAGCUUAUGCGUCCACUCAGCGUGAGGCAGACGAGUAAGCGUUCUCCAAAAAAUGAGAGGAAAAAAUUUUUUACAAGGAUGGAAGCUCUGUAGUGCACAAAAUAGAACGCAGCAAACUGAAUCUUUUGAUUCGACACCUAGGUUUUUUUUUCAUGCUGUCCGCUGAACUUUCAACUUUCGGAUGCAAUUGUUCGCUUCGACUAUCACUGCUUGUAGGUCGACUAUGUAAACCUCAUUGCAACGAAGAGUCGCGGUCUACAAGCGUCAUUAUUGUAGCAUGUAAUGCAUUUCCUAUCCGUUCCUUCA